UCCUCAGGGGUCCACUUAGGAAGGAGAUUCAGUGAAAAUCCCAUACGAAGAGGACGUGAAAAAGCUUGAGAAAGCAUCCCCAAUCUCCACACUGUGUGCUUGAGAUUUUUUCAAUUAUUAUAAUUGAAAACUCUGAUCAUUCGAUGCACACGGUUCGGAUCCACAUGGGGAUCUCUGCAUCCUUUUCGUACUUUGCUUUAGAUCUUUCUCAUCCCAACAUCUGUUAUCGCUCUUACGACGCAGAUUACAUAUACUCUCCAAGUGUCAUCUCGAGAUUUGGCUCUCCCAGACUCUCAGACGCUACCCAUUUCCCAAUCUCGUUUUUUCUCCCUCUGCCACCUCCUGCCUCUUCAGUGGUUCUUCCUCUCUCUGUAUCUCUGCUUGUGCUUCUCUGUGUGUCUGAUUCUCUCUCUCUAAACGGCUCCUUGUGUAUGUUGUUCUGAUACACUCUCUCUCUCUAACAAGGCGAUGGCAGCGUCUAUGCUGCCCUUGGCCAGGGCUCCGACUUGUAGCCCUUCCAGAUCUUCCAACUACCCAUUGACGAUCCCUUCUUCACCCCUAAGACCUCCCUCUGUCUCCUUCCCAUCUAUACACAACUUCAAACAUUUGAAUCUCUUGCCCUUUAACCCUCCUCGUCUUCGCUCUCUUCAUAAUCGAUUCAAACCGAGUUUCGCCCUAGAAUCGGACGUCCCCCACUCUCCAAACCAGGGUUCCGAGAAGCUCCAUAGCAACAGAAAAAGCUAUGAGGAAUGGGAUUUGUGGUCUGCCAAGUUCGCUGGAGCGGCGAAUGUGCCGUUCCUGAUACUGCAACUGCCUCAGAUCGUUCUCAAUGCUCAGAAUCUUUUGGCGGGAAACAAGUCAGCCCUUCUUGCGGUUCCAUGGCUGGGCAUGUUGACUGGUUUGCUGGGUAAUUUGUCUCUGCUUUCAUAUUUUGCGAAGAAGAGGGAGAAGGAGGUGGUUCUGGUUCAGACUUUGGGAGUUGUGUCUAUUUAUGUGGUGCUUGUUCAGCUUGCAAUGGCCGAAGCAAUGCCUCUGCCACAUUUUGCGGUGACAUCUGUUGUCAUUUUCUUUGGUCUCAUAGUGAAUUUUAUGUAUUACUUCAACUUGCUUAACGAUGCAGUAUGGAGGCUCUGGGAAGAUUUCAUUACUGUAGGUGGAAUUGCCGUACUUCCCCAAGUUAUAUGGUCGACCUUUGUUCCUUCGAUUCCAAAUAGCAUUUUGCCUGGGACAGUUGCCUGUGCUUUGGCUAUUGUGGCUGUUGUUAUGGCACGAACUGGAAAACUCUCCGAGAAAGGUGUGAAAUUUGUUGGAUCUAUAUCUGGAUGGACUGCCACACUACUCUUCAUGUGGAUGCCAAUUGCGCAGAUGUGGACAAAUCUUCAAAAUCCAGAUAACAUCAAAGGCCUGUCGGCUUUUUCAAUGUUGCUUGCCAUGAUUGGGAAUGGUCUUAUGCUCCCACGUGCACUCUUCAUUCGUGAUCUCAUGUGGUUCACUGGUUCAUCUUGGGCAUCUGUUCUCUAUGGAUGGGGGAACCUUGUCAGCUUGUACUGUUUCAACAGUAUCAGCAGGGAGUUCUUCUUGUCAGCAACAAUUGGGCUUUUUGCUUGGAUAGGAAUAGCUUUCUGGAGAGACAUGAAAGCAUAUAAAUACAGCUCACCAUUGAGAUCCUUGAAGGAGCUAGUUUUUGGAGCCUAAUUUAAUGAUGGUACCUACAUUGAUCAGUCACAAGAGGUCAAUUGGUCCCUAUACUAUUUGCCGUGGAGCUUAAUUGUUCGAGAUGACAUUGAGUUGCCAACAUGAAAGAUACUACCCUUCUCCAGUAUGUCAAGUACGCUCAGUUCUGACUCUCUGGAUAUCAUACAGAGGUAACUUUCUCCGCAAAAGGAGUUCUCGGAUAAGUUCUCACAGUGGAUAAAGUCUUGGAAGGUAAUGGAAACCAGUUCUGUUAACUAGAUAAGGCACCAUCAACUGUUUUAAUUACUAUCAUGUGAGAUACACUUCAUUCAUAAGAACGUGUAAAACAUUUUCUCAGUUCAACGUGAUAAAAGUCUGGCCUUGUUA